CGCAGCCAUGGGCGCCGUUUGGUCCGCCCUGCUGGUCGGAGGGGCUCUGGCAGGAGCGCUUUUCCUCUGGCUGCUGCGGGGCAAGGGAAAGAAGGGGGACGCGGAGGAGGAGGACGGCACUUCUGGGAAGGAUGCUGCUGUGGGAAGCGACCGGAGUGGCGGCUGCAGACUGAGCCCCGGGCCUUCCCGGCGGGAGCUGGUUUCCAAACCAGAGCAUCUUCAAGAAAGCAAUGGAUGUUUGGUUUCAGAGUCCAAAGGCCCCGGUAACAUACAGGAAGCAGCAUGGGGCCUGCAGAGUCCUGGAGAACGUGGUGACUGUAACAGUUCAAGACCGCAUGUUCCUUCUGGAUGGUGUUCAGACACGGAAUCUCUAACCACAUCUGUGACUGGUUACUCUAGAGGAUACUUUGAAGCUUCAAGAAAUGAAAGCCGAGAAUCUUGUAUAGGAGAACGGGGAUUCCAAAAAGGACAAGAGACAACUGCUAAAGCAGCUCCAUGUUUUUCAGAGGAGUUGUCUCCUAGCAACCUGCUCAUGGACAGAGGUAAAGAAGCAGUGAGCCUUACACAGUUGGACAGACAGGACUUGGCUGACCCGGAGGACUGGGAGAUGGUGUCCAGGCACUCAUCCUGGGGAGAUAUUGGUUUGAGUGGCAGUCUCGAGUCUCCAGCGUUAAACCCAGACCAGAGAAUGGACAAUGGCAGAAACACUCUUAUGGAAGCAAGAGGUCAGAAAAGGGAUGUUAAGACAAAAAGGGUAGUAGCGAUGAGUUCAGAGUCUCAGCAAGUUAGUGUCAGGUUCCAGGUCCAUUACAUCACAAGCACGGGUGUGCAAUUCAUUGCAGUAACAGGAGACCAUGAGAGGCUUGGGAGAUGGACCACUUACAUCCCCCUCCAGUAUAGCAAGAAUGGGUUCUGGUCUGGUUCUGUCUCCCUUCCAGCAGAUACAGUGGUGGAGUGGAAGUUUGUGGUGGUAGAGAAUGGGGAAAUUACUCGCUGGGAAGAAUGCUGCAACAGGUUCCUAGAAACUGGCCAUGAGGAUAAAUUGGUUCACAAGUGCUGGGGGAUUCACUGAUUCAGUUUGCAAAGUAUUGAAGAAGCUGUUGCAGAAUGUGGGAGAGGCUAAGGUUGUGGAGCACACUUAAUAAUUUUAAACAAAGGAAGUAUAACUCCGAGUUUAGCUGGGUUGUUUUCAGACUUGCUAGUGACUUCUGUGUAAUGUGCAGAAAUAUAUACGUAGAUAAUGCUUUCGGUGAGCAUGGACUUUUUUUCUGUGGCACUGAUGGGUGGAUUAUGCUGAUCCAUCAGUACUUUAGGGCUUGGUCCCCUUGGGGAGUGACUUGGCUAAGCUUGGUCAGGCAGCACAAAAGCCAGCCAGCUGCACAGGGUUCAAGUUUGAGGCUUUGGGCCAUCCUUAAACCAAGAGAGUAAAAAAAGCUGCGUUCAAGAAGAGCUCAUUUCUUUGUGGUGCAGCUAGAGAAACGUUCACCAUGUACACUUGUGUUUAAACACAGUUAACACCAUAUAGAACUAGAUCAGAAAAUAUCUGGUCGCUAGAUGUGAUCAGGAAGGCUAUGAGACUUCCCAGUGUUUUUGGCUCGAUUUUACCUGUCUGGUAUGGUUUGAAGGUAGCAAGUAUGUCUUUGUCUUGUGAUUGAAGUAGAAACUAGGGCCCAGUCAGAGUCCAUCAUCAAGAGCAGCCCAGGAGGAAAGAGAAAUAGGGAUGGACUGAGCCAGGUGGCCGGAAUGAUAGCUCUUAGAGGUGCAGGUAAGCACUCCUGCCUGCAGGGAGGGACACGCCCAUCAUUUACUCCUGGGGCCUCUGUGGAACCAUCUCUGCCCACCGCAAGGACCUCCAGAAGGGCUUCCCCACAGCAAUUGUUUCACCCUCUCUCCUCUUCUUUCAUACCUGUAGCUAUCUUGGGUGACCACAUUGUGACAGGACAGUGAUAGAGAAGUACAUCUUUCUCUGAGAAGACAUAAACAUUUAAACUUUACUAUUAUAACUGAAAAAAUAAAACCUGAGUUUUAUCAUCUUUAUUAAAUGUCUGG